AUUGCGAGCAUGGGGAUUGAAGCUCAAGAAGACAUCCCUGACACUGGGUCAGCCACAAGGCUUCCCGAAACACCAUGCGGAAUUGACCCUACAGCUGCAUCGCAGAAAUGGAACCACCCGCGAUCAAACAUUUUCCGCGUCGGGACCACGUUCUGGUCUUUUCUCGUUAUGGGAGCAAACGAUGCUGCUUACGGUGCCCUGAUUCCAUACCUCGAAGAAUACUACAACAUCAGCUAUAUGGUUGUCUCUUGUGUUUUCCUCUCCCCCCUAGUGGGCUACGUUAUCGCCGCCCUCGUCAAUAACAAGCUUCACGAAACGGUAGGACAACGCGGUAUCUCGCUCAUCGCUCCGCCGUUCCGACUCGUCGCGUAUAUCCUCAGCUGCGUCCAUCCGCCGUACCCUGUCCUUGUGGUUGCGUAUAUUUUCGCAGGAGUUGCGAACGGACUGGCAGAGGCAGCCUGGAAUACAUACCUCGGGAACAUGGAGAAUUCAAAUGAGAUAUUGGGUCUGCUGCACGGUGUCUACGGACUCGGGGCAGUGAUCAGUCCCUUGAUCGCGACGAAUAUGAUCACCAAGGCAGAUGCGCCGUGGUAUUACUUUUACUUUUUUAUGAUUGGAAUCUCCGUCAUAGAAGGAAUCGCCUGUCCCGUUUUCUUCUGGCAGUUCACGGGCGCAGCAUUCAGGAAGGCCCAUGCCGGAGCGGACGACGCAACCGGCGCAGGCCUGAAAGACGCGUUGUUCAAGCGCCCGGCUGCUCGGGUAUCAUGGAUCUGUUCUUUCCUGCUCCUUCUCUACGUGGGCGUCGAGGUCUCGAUUGGUGGGUGGAUCGUCACCCUCAUGAGAGAUGUGCGAAAUGCAGGUGCUUUUCCGAGCGGCAUGACGGCCACGGGCUUUUGGUUGGGUAUUACGUGUGGGAGGAUGUUGUUGGGGUUUGUUACUGCGAGGAUUGGGGAGAGAGUGGCUACUCCGAUCUACAUCGCUUGCUCUAUCGCCUUCUCGUUAGUUCUUUGGCUGGUGCCCAAUUUCUACGCAUCCGCCGUAGCUGUCUCCAUCGAGGGCUUCUUUCUAGGUCCCUUGUUUCCAGCUGUCGUGGUCGUUAUGACAAAACUACUACCAAAGCAUAUGCAUGUGACAUGUAUAGGAUUCGUUGCUGCGUUUGGAGGUGCCGGUGCCGCGGUGCUGCCCUUCGUGGCGGGUGGCAUUGCGCAGGGGUCAGAGGUGAAGUCUCUAUUGCCGUUUAUCUUUGCGGUGUCGGUGGGGAUUUUGAUUCUGUGGAUGGGACUGCCGAGGUCGAAGAAGUCUUGAUUAGAGUGACUGCUGUGAGAUUGAAAGACCGAGCAAAGCGCGCAGUUCAGAUUAGGUUAAGUGAAAACUGU